AUGACCUUUUGCAGCAGCGUGCUCGGGCAGCCCGAGAUCGCCGCCAUCGUCUUUGGCUACCAGGAUGGCCUCUACGAAGACGUGCGCCGAGCCUUUUAUGCGAACAGGGAGCUCGUCGAGUUUAACCUCCAUUAUCGCAUCUACGAGGCCGACGCAUCGUUCGCGACAACCCUCGCGCCGCAUGCCGACUGGGACCAUUAUCCCAAGGCCAUCUUCCCGUCCCACUACCUUGUGCGCAGCGACGUGCAUGACGAGCGUUUCUCGUUGCACGCGGCCGUCGACGCCGGCUGUACACGCCUGACCCAGCGCAUUUUGCACUGCCGCCCCCGUCUUGCCUCGGAAGACGCGAUUGUUUUGGCCCUUCAGCGCGGUCGCUUGGAGGUCGCGGCGCUGCUACUGGACAUGCGAGUGACCAUGCCCGGCCUCUAUCGACGCGUCCAUUUCGUGCGUCUAGUGCGCGAUGCCACGCGGCGCUUUCCGGGCACCUUCUUGGCCAGCGUCUUGGCGCGAGAAGACACGACGGCCCUUGCGUUGCUGCAUCGCUUUGGCGUGCACCUGGACGACUUUGCGGCGCACCACGGGUACUUCUCCGUCAGCACGGCGCGCGAACGCAUCUUGCAGCACGCGAUCUCCAAAGCGACGCUCGAGAACAUGACGCUUGCACUCGAACUCUUUCCGUGGUUCAUCUACACUGGUGUCUUGGACGACGUCGCGAGCCGAGACUUCUUGCCGCUCGUACGCUCGCUGCACGAACGCGGCCUCGAGUGCUCGACAGCCGCCAUGGACUUGGCGGCGGCCAACGGCCAUUUGGACGUUGUCAUGUUUCUGCAUGUGCAGCGGACCGAAGGCUGCACGGUCGAGGCGCUGGAUGGCGCCAUUCGUAGCGGCCACCUUGACGUCGUUCGCUUCCUCCUCGAGCACCGCACCGAAGGCGCGUCGCCCAACAUCCUCGACGAGGCCGCUGCCAACGGCCACGUGGACGUCGUCCAGUACCUCCAUACUCGUGGUUCGUUCCGCUGCACCGUCACCGCUGUUGACAAGGCCGCUGCCGGUGGUCACUUGGACGUCGUUCGGUUUCUUAUGGCAACCGGCCGAAGCCGAAGCUGUCGACGCGGCGAUGCGGUUCAUAAUGCACUCCAAGGCGGUCACCUGGCUACGGCCGAGUACCUCCUCUCUCUCGGGUGCCCGUUUCCCAAGUCAGUGAUCUCGUUGGCAGUAAAGAGCCUCUGUGAGCCCAAGAUCGUGGAUGUCUGCCGGCUCCUUGAGGCGCAUGGUCAGCCUCGGAACGUCCAGUGGAUGAAGUUGGCCUGCGCGGCCAACAACGUGGCGCUUGUCGAGUUCCUCCACGAGCCCUCGGGCGAUUCCUACGGCCUCGAGACGGCGAUCCAGAAAUGCGCGUGGGACGUCGUGCGCUUUCUCUUGGCCAACGGCGCCGCCGGCGUGUCGGUCGAAGCGUCCAACGUCAGCCAGAGCUCCGAAACGACGACCUUCUUCAAGGCGCUUCCGCGCGAGUGCCUCUUGGAGUGUGCAGGCCACCCCAAGCACGUGACCGCAAGCAAGCUCUUGCUGCCGUACUGCUUGGACGCGACCAAGCACCUCGACAACAUCGUCUUACUUCUCGAUCUGCUCACACUGCCCAACCAAAUGUACCCCUGGCCCAACCGCCGCCGCAUGACGAUACUCGCACUAAUUACGCCCGAGCUCCUGGACCAAGGUCGAAAGACCAGCCAAACCAUUCGGUUGCCUCCAAACGUGGCGGCGCGAGCGUCCACGCUGCUGCAGUCGGGCGAGGUAGUCGAUUGGGCGCAGGCCCUCGUCAUUGGUCAUCUCUGGGCAACCGACUCUACGGUCACCGCCAAGCAACUCCUCAUCAAGACGGCUUUGGUCCAGGACGACGAGCUCAAGGCGCAGCUCACGCGGCUCCUCGCCAGCAAGCGCACGCGCAAGCGCAAAGCUAACUAA